AUGGUUGCCUUUGCCAAAUCUCUCCAACUUUCCCUCUCACUCUUGGCAAGUACCGCCAUAGCCAUUCCCUUCCCAUCAGAGCUCGAAUCCCGAGCUGAAAUCAACUCCGAUGCCGUUGUGGGAUUUCCCGAAACCGUUCCUAGUGGCACAGUAGGCACACUCUAUGAAGCCUACAAACCAUACCUCGAUGUCGUAAAUGGCUGCGUACCAUUCCCAGCCGUUGAUGCCGCUGGAAACACCAAUGCCGGGUUAAAACCAAGUGGCAGUAGCAAUGGUGAUUGCAGUAGUAGUACCGGACAAGUAUAUGUUCGAGGUGCUCAAAAUGGUUCAUACUACGGACUGAUGUAUUCCUGGUACAUGCCCAAAGACGAGCCCUCACCAGGCAUCGGCCACCGCCACGACUGGGAAGGCGUAAUCCUCUGGCUCAGCAGCUCCACCUCCACCACCGCCAGCAACAUCGUUGCCGUCUGUCCCUCCGCACACGGAGGCUGGGAUUGCACCCGAGACCAAUACACACUCUCUGGCACAUUCCCUCUCAUCAAAUAUGAAGGCAUUUGGCCUCUCGAUCAUUCCUGUGGUCUUACCAGUACUCAGGGUGGACGACAACCGAUGGUUGCGUGGGAAUCUCUUACACCAGCUGCGCAAAGUGCGCUUGAGAAUACGGAUUUUGGAAAGGCGAAUGUUCCGUUCAAGAAUGCUAAUUUUGAGAAUAACUUUGUGAAGGCUAGUAGUUUCUAG